AUGGAGAAACACAUGUGCAGAAGGACAGAAGAAGGAAAUAAGGAAUUCGGAAGUGAGAUACCUUCUGAGGAGCAGUUCCUGCCACAAGCGCUGUGCAGAAUACAGAACAUCUCACGGAAAAAGCGAGGUCCUUCAGGAACGCAGCGAAGACACAAGACACAUGUAAGAGGAAGGACAGAGGAGAGACAGAGGAAGAGGAGAACCAGGAAGGACAGAGGAGACACAGAGGAAGAGGAGAACCAGGAAGGACAGAGGAGACACAGAGGAAGAGGAGAACCAGGAAGGACAGAGGAGACACAGAGGAAGAGGAGAACCAGGAAGGACAGAGGAGACGAAGAGGAGGAAGGACAGAGGAAGAGGAGAACCAGGAAGGACAGAGGAGACGAAGAGGAGGAAGGACAGAGGAGACACAGAGGAAGAGGAGAACCAGGAAGGACAGAGGAGACGAAGAGGAGGAAGGACAGAGGAGACACAGAGGAGGAAGGACAGAGGAGAGACAGAGGAGGAAGGACAGAGGAGAGACAGAGGAGGAAGGACCGAGGAGACACAGAGGAGGAAGGACAGAGGAGACACAGAGGAAGAGGAGAACCAGGAAGGACAGAGGAGACACAGAGGAGAAGAAAACCAGGAAGGACAGAGGAGACGAAGAGGAGAAAGGACAGAGGAGAGACAGAGGAGGAAGGACAGAGGAGACACAGAGGAGGAAGGACAGAGGAGACACAGAGGAGGAAGGACAGAGGAGACACAGAGGAGGAAGGACAGAGGAGACACAGAGGAGGAAGAGAAACAUGGAGAGAGGAGACAAAGAAGAGGAAAAGAACCAGGAAGGAGAGAGGAGACGAAGAGGAAGGAGAAAGGAGACGAAGAGGAGGAAAAGAACCAGGAAGAAGAGAGGAGAUGAGAUGGAAGAAGGGAACCAGGAAGGAGAUAAAGCUCUAG